CAAAAUGAUCGGAAAUAAUAAGCUUCGUAGAAAAGCGUUUUUCCAGUCUACACACAAAGUAAAAAAGAAGGUGAAUGACAUAGUUGAAGUUAGCCCCAACACGCAAAUAGCCACGGUGUGUAUCCUCGAGGACCUCGACAACGGAGAAGUAGUGAGAGACCACAAAAUUCCAAAUGUCGGUGAGAUAGUUGGACAAUACGGUUGGCAGAUGCAGCCUAUGGGACCAGUCCAUAUGGUGGAGAGGGCUCAGCAAAAUAUGAAUGCGAGCUUAGGACAAACAGACAGGGAUACACUGACGGACAUUGUUGGCAACGCCACAGAUUUCCGCAACCAGGUCAACCUUGAAAGACAGAGGCGCAACAACAACAUCUAGUUAAACUAACUGGCCUUAGGUUUAAAUAAUGUUUGGUUAUGAUGUUGUAUGUCAUUAUUAUUUUUAAUUAACUGAAUUGACCUAUGAUUUUUAAUUAACUGAAUUGCCCUAUAAAGGCAUAUAUAAGGCCCAUAAUUUCGGAUA